UUUGUAUUGCAAUUUGUUGACGUAUAACAAAAUUCUACUUUAAAAUACAACUAAUACAGUAGAAACUAUGGCCGGUUUUGAAAUAAGGGUAUCAAAUAGCAAAAAAGGUAAGGGUCUUUUCGCUACGAAACAAUAUAAUGAAGGGGAUAUUAUUUUGGAAGAAGAUCCACUAGUGUCCUGUCAAUUUGCCUGGAAUGCGGCGUACAGAUAUUUAGCUUGUGAUCAUUGUAUGAGACCUUUGGAAACUCCUGAGCAAAACGUUAGGCGUCUCUCAGCCAAGCCAGAUAUUGUAUUGCCACAUUCGGAUUGCUUUGAAACAGAUUUAUUAAAUAUUACAAGUUGCAACCAAUGUGGUAUACUCUACUGUUCUGAAGAAUGUAAAGAGAUGUCUGCUGCUAUUUAUCACCAAACGUUGUGUUACAUUCAGAAUGAAACGCAACAUCCGAUAAAUGUACUUAUCGAAACAUGGAAACAGAUCCACUAUCCACCAGAAACAGCAAAUAUAAUGCUUCUAGUACGAAUAUUAGCAUAUAUCCAGCAACAUUCUGACCCACCCUCAGCAGCAGCGACAAUCAAACAGUUUUGUCACCGAACUGAAAAUGAAGAUGCAGAGCUAGUCCACAAACUAUUGGGUGACGAGUUUAGCGGUCAAAUAAAUACUCUUAGAGAGAUGACAGCUAAUGUUAUAAAUGGAGAGUAUGUGCAAGAGUUUCUAACACCAGAAGGCUUCUCUUCGCUUAUGGCUCUAGUGGGUACGAAUGGUCAGGGUAUCGGCACAAGUCCACUUUCACUAUGGGUCAACUCUGUAUCGCGGCUGACAAUGUCUGACGAUGAGAGACAACAAUUGGAUAUGUUUAUUGAUAAAGUGUAUCAGUAUGUUGAAGGAGAAUCAGGUCAAUUUUUAAACACUGAGGGUUCAGGUCUAUUUCAAUUGCAAAGUGCUUGUAACCACAGCUGUGGACCAAAUGCAGAGUCCUCAUUUCCUUACGGUAAUCACAGGAUACAGUUAAAAGCGUUGAAAACUAUUAGGCCAGGAGACGAAAUAUGUAUCAGUUACCUUGAUGACUGCACAUUGCAAAGGUCAAGAUAUUCCAGACAAAAGGAACUAGCUGAGAACUACCUCUUCAUAUGUUGGUGUGAGCGUUGCACGGCACAGAGCUCACAGCCAGAUGUCACCAGUGAGGAAGAAAUGAGCGAUGAAGAGGUGGACGCGGAUGACUGAUGUUCUAACCUCCUCGCCCUCUGUCUAUUGGGCCUCUGACUCCUGUGACAGUGAUAGACAGUGAUACUCGCUCUCUUGUAUCCAUAUAUAUAGUGAUCCCUUGUGCUGUAGACUCCUGUGAUUGUCAGUGUCAGUGUUUGGUCAGAGCUCCUCUUAAUGUGUUUAAAUUCGGAACGUUAAGCAUCGUGAUACAAAUUUGUAGAACAAACAUUAAGGUUGCAGGGUGAUUGUUGGUUAUUUUUAAGGUUUACAAUUUGUGCGUUCAAUGAAAAAUAAAUACACGUGAUAUUACAUUACAGCCUUGGGAUAUUAUGUGAUGCUUUUCCGAACCCCUUGGGGAAUCCCUUUCGAGCCUGACGUGAUUAAUGGAUGACCCCUUGUAUGACUGAUCCCUUUCGUCAUUACUGUACUAGAUUCUAGUGUAGAACUGUGGACUAAUAUAUUCUAACUUAGUUUUCUGAGGCUUUGAAAGUUUUAUCAUCUUUUACAUUAUCUUUUUUGUUUCGGAAAGUAAAUAUUUACUGCAUAGGUGUGAAGAGAAUUCAAUGAAUGAUUGAUCUUCCAGCUUAAAGAACGCACGGCCUUUUGCUGGGUCUUUAAUAUUUCAUGGCAUGUUUGAUUUAUUUAUACUAUGUCAUAGAAUAAACAAUUUUUGUAUGUCCUA